CCCGAGAAGAUGCAACAAGGGCGGGCCUGCGAGUAUUUAUGGACACGGCAGAAGAUCCGUCCGAGAAUCAGGUUGGAGGUUAGAGACAGGGUGCGAGGCGGAGCCGUUGCCGACACACAAAGACGAGAAGAUGCACCUAUAGAUAGUGGUUGUCUCAGAACCCUCCCUUAAGAGAAUCAGUGAAGCCAUUGGCAGCAGCAUGGCGUCAAUCCGACGAAUAGGAUGGCGCUGAAAUGUCGCCACUUGGCAAAAAUAUUGCGACAGAUCCUUAUGUAAGCAAGUCGUUCGCAUGAGAAUAUUGUUGUUGCACGUGGAGGCGAUCCCAGGCGGAGUUCGAGAUUUGCUCAACGCCGUAGAUCGACGAGAGUGAAGCACUUGAGUGGUUAAACGGACAUGCAGCCUCCUGGCCACUUCAUUCUAUUUGGCUCAACAGGCCCUUCGGGGUUGAAGAUCAUCGAGCUAGCUCUUUCUCGAGGAAAUUAUCUCACACUUUACGUGCGGUCCCCUGACAAGCUUCCUGAAGAUGUACGAAACUCCCCUUUGGUCCGCGUCGUAGUCGGACAAUUGGAUGACGAGGCCGCACUGGAGUCGUGCUUUUCGAAACUGGAAGAUUUCCCUGUAGUGAAGGGCAUCAUCUCCGUGCUUGGCGCAAAGGUUGGCCAGCCACAGGGAAACCCUAUCACGAAAGGAUACGAAAUCAUAUUCAAACUGAUGAAAAUGCAUGAUAUAAAAAAUAUCGUACUUCUUUCAACCGUGUCUGUAAAAUCGCCCAAGGAUCAUUUCUCACUCGUUCGUGAGUCCCUUGUAGCAGGCAUAAAACUCAUAGGUCAUUCGGCUUGGGAAGACGUGGUGGCGACCGGAGAGCUCGUGCAUUCGGAGGCAUCGGAUGGUCUGAACGUGACGUUGGCGCGAGUUCCAACGUUGAACGAUUCCAAAGGAGGUUCAUUGAAGGUAGGAUUUGUAGGAGAUCGGUAUGUAGGAUGGUUGCUUUCGAGGAAUGACCUAGCGACGUUCUUUGUCGGAGAGGCCGAAAAACCCGAGUGGGCGGGGGAAAUUCCACUUCUGAGCUCUUGAAAAAUUUGUGUGGCGGAUCUGUUCCGCCC